AUCAUCGCUUCCAUAUGGCGUUCCAUAUCCACCAGAAUUGGAUGUCAUGCAAACGUUACGAGAUCCGUUCAAUGAUAAUCUUGAAACUCUGGAGUUUUUGAACUGGGAUAGAGACGCGACAUAUUACGGCGCGCGAGANCAACCCCGGGGAGAAGGUUUCGAGGUCCGGCAUCUCAAUUUCGAUGAUCCAACAGGGAAGUUAAAGUGGUUUCCAGACGAUUGGGACCCCCAGUACAGACUGGGGCCUCCAAACCCCUCAAUACAUUGGGAUGAUCCGAUCCAAAAAUGGGGUUUGCAAGUCCUGGACAAAGCUGGAUUCAUCAAUCUCGAUUUGGACAUCGCUGACUCAUAUAUGGACCCCAUUGGUCGUUUUUCUACUAAAAGGAAUCCCGCGAAUCGGCAGGACUAUCGUAUACAUCCGGCAUUCAGACAGGAUUGCUGGCAAGGAAUCACUGAUGAGGAGUACGACGCGAUCACACCAGCUCUCCUCUUAGCAAGCGCGAUGCUCGAUGAGCCCAGUACACUUUGUCUUUUCCAUGCCAUGUCAGCUCAGUCGAGUGAGAUGAUUGCCUUUGAGGAUCCGGUUCUGAAGACGUGCAGGAGACUUCGAGUCCCCGAAACUUUGACGGAAGUCGACCAAUUGCUAACCUUCCGCAACAUCAGUGCUAUGCGGGAGUACACCAGCUUUUUCUGGGAUUCAGGUGACGUAAUACUGCGAGAUAGAAAUAGCCUCGCAUGCACUAUACCUCGUCUGCAGGAUGGCAAGUUCGUCCCUGCCGGACUGCCUCACACUCGCCGGUCUGCAAUUGCAUUGAACAAAGAAUUCUAUCAGGCCCUGAACAUGCAUGGUCAGAAGGACAACAACGACAUCUAUAAGACGUUCUUCGAUCAGACAUUAGACUUGGCAGGUGUCCCCGAGACUCACAGGCCUUCCACUGGCGAUUCUCAGUCCGCCGCGUUGCGCACUGCUCUUCUCUUCGCAGCGGAGUUGAUGCAUGAGUUUGCCCAUGCCUUCUUUAUGGCGCACUACCAGUGGCCAGAAUACAGUUCGCCACCGGAGCCGUGGGUGGCGGAUAACCGAAACAACGAAUUGGGCCACGCCAUGGUAAUUCACCUUUUUGGGGGCGUGGUGACCUGUCCCAAGUUCGAGUUUCAUGACAAAGCUGCACAUGAUUCAGAGUGGUUAAAACAGGAUGCCUUUACACCAUUCGGGCUUUGUUUCACGUCAAAGUGGGAGCAGUGGGCCAGUUCUGGCAAAUUCUUGGGCGGAUUC